AGGGGGAUUAAAUAUGGCAGCGCACAUAGCAAGAAGCAGCGUGUGAGAAUGCUCGAUAACAUGAAUUGGACUAUCUAUUUGAUUUCAGUGUAAUGUAACUCUGCGUCUCUUCGCUAAACAGCCUUUUCUGCCAAAUGUCACAUGAUCCAGCAAGUGCCAUGUGUUACUUUGUGGACAAUUGUUUGUAUGUUUCUACGGUUAGAGUAAUAAGGUAGGGGGCAUCACUUAGCUAACCUUAGCUAAUGUAAGCUAGCCAGUGUUUUCAUAACUUGAAGGAGGUCUGUUGACCUUGUUGGCAGGUCGUUGUACGUUGUAAUACAUUAUUUGUACUAACUACUUACAUAAUUUAACAGUCUAUGCAGCCUAGAAUGUAAAGUGGAAACAGUCGGAUAAUAAUUGUUGCCAUUACAUUGAUUCCAUCUACAUAAAUUGCUGAAUACCUGACGUCUUUGUUGUUAGUUGGUAGCUAUUAGUUAGCUAGUGCUGAAAUUAAGGACGCCAUAGUGUCUUAUUUCCAUUUUCACCCUUUUUUGCGUCCCCUAAGUUAUUAGAGAACAAUGUCUGUCUGGAUGACAGAGGAGGUCAUGAGGUGGGGCCUGCGCUUUUGCAGCCGCAGGUCUCUAUGGCAACAACGCAGUUUCCCGGUGACAACAUCAAUCAAAGACACAUCUUUCCCUAGUCAACAGUUAGCACACAUAUGGGGCACAAGGCAAAGCCAGACAUGCCUGGCUAGGAGUCUUGUCAGUUCAGUGAGGUUUUACUCACAGGAUAGGAUCCACAAUGAGGACUUGGAAGAGAAGGAGCAUCUCUCUUCUCCACUAGCACUAGAGUCUGCGCUGCCCGCUGAGAGCCAAUCUGAUGAGACCGCCUCAAGGCAGAGACAGAGGAGGUCCCCUUUCUUGGACCACCUGCGGCGCUGUGGCUCCCCAUCAGACGUGUUAGACCUCACCUGUCAAUACUCGCCCACAGUUCGACAGGUCAGCAACUCCCUUACCCACAUGUGGUCCACCACUAAGAAGAUGUCAGAUGAGCAGCGGCGAUAUGAGCUGCAGCUGAUGUUUGAGCAUCCUGCAUUUGACAGGCUACUGCAAAGGGCCAUGAAGAGUGUGGGGCACAUGCGCACUGAGGACAUGGCUUAUUCUCUCAUAGGUAUGGUCAAACUGGGUGUUCCCCAACGUAGCCGCGUGGUCCAGACUUUCCUCCGAACCUGCCAGGAGAAACUGAAUGACUUUGAUGAGAAGGGCCUAUCCAUCUUGGCCUCCUGUCUGGAACAUAUGGAGGGCAGCCCCAACGUUGCUGCACUUAAGGAGGGCAUGAGGCUGGUAGUUGAGGCCCGUCUUCCUGGGAUCAAGAAUGUAAUGGCUCUCCAGACCAUGAUGCGUCUGUUGGGGAAAGAUGCCCCACUGGACCUCAAACGGAAACUAGAGGGAAAGGCUUUAUCGAUGACAGACCAGUUCAGCCUUCCCAACACCCAGUACAUGAUCUCCACUAUGGCCACAAUGGGCUUCUACUCCAAACCACUGCUGAACGUUUGCAGUAAGAAGAUCAAAGAAAACCUCCAUGGAAUCCCCUUCAACAGAUUGUUUACAGUUCUGCAGUCCUGUAGGGAGCUGCACUACAGAGACUUAGAUCUGCUCACUGACAUUUCAGACUAUGUCGCCUCUCUGAUAGACAUAUGGACCAACAAACAGUUGCUCCUCUUCCUGUCUGUGUUUGAGAACCUUGUCUUCUGUCCCGCUGCCUUAAUGGAGGCAUUUGCUGAGAAGGUGAUCGACAAUCCAGAUGCUCUGACACUUAAAGACCUCCUCUGUGUCCUCAAGGUGUACUCCUCUUUGAACUAUGAUCUGCAGCACCAGAGACAACAGUUCCUGGAUAGUCUCUGCCGGGCUUUGGACUCCUAUCUGCCCAAGAUGUCUGGGUUUGAGUUGUUAAAGGCUGUAUACUAUCUGUGUCUACUGGGCCACUUCCCCUCUGCACUACUGGAGCAACUCCUGCAGAGCAGGACCCUGGAGCAGUUUAACAUUACAGCACCCAAGUUUCUCCAUGGCCAGGAGAGAAUGUUUCAGACAGUGAACUUGUGCCUCCGUCUUGACCAUCCUCCGCUCCUUCAGCCCCUGUCUGUUCCCCCAUCUCUCCUUGGAGACCCUGCCCCCAGCAGUCCAUCAGCCAACCCGUGGCUCUCACAGGGCCUGCAGAGUGUGUUGGGGGACCAGGCAGACACGAUGCUACAGGAAAUGGUGGUGGUGGAGGACUUCUACUUAAUAGAUGGUGUGAUAACCAAACCUCUGCCAAACCAAAGCUCUGUGACGGAAGCGAGUAGUUGUGUAGGAGACGAGUGUUCUCCAGCAGAGAGCAGUCAAAGAAUUGCAGUCAUUUGCGCACCACACUCUGGUUUUUGCUAUGGUACGUCCAAUCCCCGUGGUCCUCUGGCUGUCAAGACUCGCCACCUGGAGAUCCUGGGAUAUAACCCUGUCUUGGUAACGGAGCAGGAGCUGCAGUCUGUGUCUGAGGAGAAGAGGACCGAGUUUCUCAGGGCGCGGAUUUUUCCAGAACACCACAGAUCAGACACACAGCCCUAAAAUGGAGCAACUGGGAUCUUGAGGACAGAUGUCAAUGUUAAAUUGAUGCCAAGAACCAUACGUGGUUCAGUAGUCUCAACCUGUGCAAUCAUCAUGAACACACAGAUUUUGUUUUGCUAUUCAAAGCUUUGUAAACAAUUAAGAAGGAAUAAAUAUAUUAAAGUAUUUAAAUAAAUGUG